AAUUGUUUUGGCAGCCGUCGAAUAUUUUGUAGGUCCUGAGGAUUCACUUCACUUGCAGCUGGCAAGGUCUUUCUGCCACAUAUUCAUUCAAUUGUUUAUAAAAGGCCUGAGAGUAUCCGCUGAAAGGGACUUCAGAGGCUGCGGAAGACGGCGAGGAACAUAUUUUAAGCAGCAUGCCUCGACAGCCAGCCAGCGCUGGCCGAGCGCUGCCAGAGCGAACCUUGGUCGUGGAUAAUGGAGGAUACACUAUCAAAGCAGGAUAUGCGACGACAGAAACGCCGGACGCGUCGAAAGAAUGCCAUGUCAUUCCAAACUGCAUGACGCGCAGUCGCGACAAGAAGAUCUGGAUAGGCGCACAACUAGACAAGUGCCGCGACUUUGGCGAAAUGGCGUUUCGAAGACCAGUCGAGAAAGGGUAUCCGGUGAAUUGGGAAGCAGAAAAAGAAAUAUGGGAUCAUUCGCUGUUUGACAAAAAGGGAGCGAUUAAGUGCGAUCCCCACGACACGAAUCUGAUUCUGACGGAAGCACCGAACGCUCUUCCUAUCCUGCAGACAAACUGCGAUCAAAUUAUCUUUGAAGAAUACGAAUUCGCAUCAUACUACCGCUGUAUAGGUCCCUCUCUAAACGCAUACAACGACACGCGCUCGCUUUUCGAAGACCCUCCACAGCAAGAUACCACUCCCAUCGCUCCUGCGGAAUGUCUGCUCGUGGUAGACUCUGGCUUUUCCCAUACAACCAUUACGCCGCUCUACCGCGGCCAGCCCAUCAACACUGCGAUCCGCCGUCUCGAAAUCGGCGGCAAGUUUCUGACAAAUUACCUCAAAGAGCUUGUCUCAGUACGCCACUACAACAUGAUGGACGAGACGCAUCUCAUGAAUGAAGUCAAGGAAGCCGUCUCCUUUGUCAGCAGCAAUUUCAGUCGCGAUCUAGAGGGUACUUGGAAGGGAAACAGAAACAGAAAACCGUCCAGGCCGCGACGGCGAUCACAUCAGGACAACGAUAGUCGCGAUGAUAGUACCAAGAACAACAACGACGACAGGGACGGCAAGAAUGACGACGAUAUCGUAAUCGAUUACGUCCUGCCAGACUACAAUAUCGAUUCCAAAGGCUACAUGCGCCCUCACGACUCCCUGCAUGCGGCGAAGCUGCGCAAGCUCGGCGCGGGCGCAGCAGGCGGCAAGUCAGAGGAUUUUAUGACCCUUGGCAAUGAGCGGUUCGUGGUGCCAGAGCUCUUAUUCAGCCCGGGAGACGUGGGUAUGAAGCAAGCAGGCAUUCCGGGCGCAGUCAUGCAGUGUCUGUCUGUCUUGCCUGAAGCGUUGUGGCCGGCCAUGCUGGCCAAUAUUAUGGUCGUCGGUGGCAAUGCAAAUAUUCGUGGCUUUGUCGAAAGAUUAGAACACGACAUUCGAGCUCUCGCACCAAGUAAAUAUCCCACCCGAGUCGUCAAAUCAGCAGAUCCUAUAAAAUCGACAUGGACAGGUGGUGCACGACUUGCUACGAACCGCGACGCGCUUAAGCAUCUUGUCGUCACGAGGCAAGAGUACCAGGAGCACGGCAGUGGGUGGUUGGCGAAAAAGUUUGGGCUGGGCGCGGGACAGUUUUCCACGUGAUGAUCUGUCACAAUGUGCUGGUAUGGUGGAAUGGCGGAAUGGGAUGUCGUGGUGUAGAUACAGAAAGAUAUAUCUGGCGUUCGAAAGCGGCGUUUAAUUUCAUGGGAGAUGGGAAACAGGGACAAGAUGGCUCAAAAGUGUUUAGCGUGUAUCAAAACUAAAGAAUAUGAAAUUGGC